AUGGAUUCUCGAAUCAUCCUGAUGAUGACAAACGCGGAGUACGGCCAGUUCAACGUUCACCUGGCCGUUGCUCAGGAGUUUCUUCAACGCGAGAACUACCGUGUGCACAUUGCCUCAUUCCCCUUUCUAGAAGCAAAAGUCAAGGAACUAAACCUGAAUGCUUGGAAAAACGCCACUCGACCACCAUCAAGAGCCAGAUUCCACGCCCUCGACGGACCUACAUUCGUUCAAGCCGCCACGCAGUAUGUCAAGCUCACCGAUGUCAUUACCAGAGAGCGAGGGUACGGCGUUCGCGCCGCAGUCGAUAUCUACACAAAUGAGAUACCGACUCUCCUAUCAGCAUGGAGCCCAGCCGACUACCUCACCAUCUAUGACAGCUGCAUGAGGGUGAUAGACGCAAUCAAACCCGAUCUAGUCGUACUAGACUGGCUCCUAUUCCCAGCCAUCGACGCCUGCAACGUCAUCCAAGCAAAAUACUGCUUCCUAACCCCAAACACAGCCUUCGACCACAUCCCCAGCCUCAGACUAAGCAAGCCAUGGAAAUAUCCCCAAAUAAACUCCGGCUUCGCCUACCCCCUCCCCUGGUCCCAAAUCCUACCAAACAUCUACCUAGCCAUCCGCCUAAUCCUCAGCCUAGCAUUCUCCCCCCGUCUCAAAGCCCUCCAGCAAGCCCGCAACGCACACGGUAUCCCGGGCCCAAAUCCACCGAUCGGAAUAUCCGCCCAGACAAUAAUACCCUCACACCCAGAUACAGACUACCCCUGCAGCAUCCCAUCAAACAUAACAUGCUGCGGACCGAUUCUGCGAGCCUGUCCGAGUCUAUCCGAGCAAGACCCAGAUCUGGCGUCGUGGCUGGCCAGCAGACCCACCGUCCUCGUUAAUAUGGGCUCCGGUGUGGUGUGGGAUACACGGCGGACGAAGAACUUCGCGGAGGGUAUUCGGGUACUACUUGAGCGGAGGGGGUGGGUGCAGGUACUUUGGAAAAUGCAGACUGUUUCUUUGAUGGGGGAGGCGGAGCAGGAUGGGGUGGCUUUGGAGUGUAUUCGGGAGUAUGUUGAUUCAGGGCAGGUGAGGGUUAUGGCUUGGUUGCCGGAUCCGAUUGCCAUUUUGAAGAGUGGGAAUGUUCUUUGUAUGGUGCAUCAUGGGGGAGCGAAUUCGUUUCAUGAGGCUGUUCAAGCCGGUGUCCCUCACGUCGUUCUCCCGGUCUGGUAUGAUACUUAUGAUUUUGCAACUCGUGUUGAGUGGUUGGGUAUCGGGGUUUGGGGCAACAAAACAGCCGCGCCUAGUAUUGAUGGCGCAGAAUUGGGUGCCGCCCUGGUAAGAGUGGUUACAGGGGCUGAAGCGAUGUGCAUGUUUUUGAAAGCCUUGGAUCUUACUGAUAACCUGAGGGAAGGACGUUUUGUUGCUUGCGAGAAAAUCAUUGAGCUUCUGCGGGCUGGUGAAAAGAUUUAA